GGAGUUUCCAUUGUGGCCACCUUAAAACAUUCACUGCACGCGGGUUAGCGAAUUAGGUUGUCUCAUACAUUCCCAAUCUCUUUUGGUCCAAGAAUCCACACGUUUCGUUGUCAAGAUUCUUGGACCAUUUUCAUUUCGCAACCUCAAUUUCUUUCAACUCCUACAGAAUUCAAAAUCGCAGCUUCAAUCCACCAUUAUAUUAUAUUGUUCCCGCCCAAUUCCACCCACGGACCGACCCACCUCUAUGUUCACAGGAUCAUAUAUAUCAUCAGGAAUUUCAAUUUUAAGACAGACUAGAAUCGUGCAAUGGGGCUAAGGUUGGGAAAACAGGGGCAAAAGAAGCCUGCACUGGUAGCUCAAUUGAACUACAUCCAUGCCCAACAAGACCUCGUAAAUUUAAUCUUCAGGAGUUGUUACAUUCGUAACUUGGUCUCCAAGAAGAGAAGGCGAUUGCUGGUCGGAGGUUAUGAUUUGGAUAUGACAUAUAUAACCGACAGGCUUCUCGCCAUGUCGUUUCCAGCGGAACACAUGCGAGCCAUGUACCGGAACCCUAUGUGGCAAGUUAAAUCUGUCCUCGAUAUGAGACAUUUUGGACAUUAUAAGGUCUAUAACUUGUGUAUCGAACAAGCUUAUGACCCGACACAUUUUUAUGGUCGUGUCGAGAGGUAUCCAUUUGAUGACAACCAUGUCCCACCUCUCCGAAUGGUGAAGGAGUUUUGUGAGGAUGUCCAUUCAUGGUUGUCAUCUGACCCAAAGAACACUGCUGUCAUACACUGCAUGGCUGGAAAAGGUCGAACUGGAUUAAUGGUGUGUGCAUACCUGGUUUACACUGGCAUGUCAGCCGAGGAAGCUCUGCAAGUCUAUGCAGAAAAGAGAACUACCAACAACCAUGGAGUUUCAAUACCAAGCCAGCGUCGUUAUGUUGGGUACUGGGAGAAAGUACUUUCCUUCCCAGAUACAGUUGAUCGUGGCAUUCCAGAUGUGAAUUUGCCCAAACCAUGUUCUAGAGAGCUUCGUCGCAUUCGAUUAUAUGAUACAGUAAAUGUUGAUUCUAUCUUCUUUGUGGUCUCUCAGCUGCAAAAUAUUCCUGGAGAGAGAUAUUGCCCGCCUGUAGAAGUGUCUAAGAGCUGUUGCAGGCGAAAUAAGAAUGGGUUCCAUAGGCCCAAUAGCCCUCGUUAUUAUUACUCGUUUCUGGAAGGCAAUGAAGAAGAGGAUGAUGAAUUCGAAGAAGAAAAGGAACCUCGUUUGGUUAUCCAAAUGGACACUGAAAGCUCCAUGCUUUACCAGAAAACCUGCCUUGACUACUAUUAUGAAAACCCUUUGCAAGUCAUGGGAGAUGUCCGUAUAAUAUUCUACGAGAAGCUUAUCGGAGGGCGUCUCUUUUAUGCAUGCUUCAACACAUCAUUUAUCAAGAGCGGCCUGCUACAAUUAUCUCUGCGGGAAAUGGACAAAGUUGGAAAGAAGGGAAAGUCAAUCUGCGGGCCAGCAUUUUGCGUGGAGUUGAUCUUCGGGCCGGCAAACCCAAGUACCUUAAUCACACCUCAGUUAUCACACGUUGACCAUCUUGUUGAGGAAGGAUGACAAAAGCCACGUGAAUUCUAUUCUAAUUUGUUCAUGUAGAGUAUUAUGGCUUUGAGACCUCCAUUUUUGUAUAUAUAUAUACUAAAGAAAACAAAACAAAAGAAAACUAUAUAUGUAAUUAUGAUGAAGCCAGUGCUCGAUGAUCAUUUCUGUAUGUAUUAUGCCCGCAAAUGGUGUGGGGAAAGAUUUGUAUAAAAAUUUACUCUCAUUUGAUCUCUUUUA